AUGGAUACUCCAAUUUCAAGCAAAGGUAGUGAUCAAGCAACGGAGAGGGAGGAGCCUAUAACAGUGGUUGUGGGAGAAGGUUCAUCAGCUACACAAAUUGAAGCUAAACCACGACAAACUACGGAUAAGCACGGCAAAGCCAAGACACCCAAGAAAGAUAAGGCCGAUAAGAAUUGUAAAUCCAAGGGGAAGAAAAAGAAAGAACUGGUAGAGUCGGAGUCGGAGAGCGAAGACGAUGAGUCUUCCGAUUCAGAUUCCUCGUCCUCUUCCAGUGAUUCUGAUUCAGAAACCGAGUCUGAGAAGGAAAAGAAGAAGAGAAAGGCAAAAUCCAAGGCUAAACAAAAGUUAAAGGCGAAGCGUAAGGCUAAAGCGAAGAAGAGAGCUAAGAAAGAUGAUACUUCUGAUUCCGAUUCACCUUCCGAUUCGGAUUCUGAGGAUGAAGAUGAAGAAGCCGAAAAUGAUUCUGGUGAUGCCGAUGCCGACGAUGAUGCCGAAGAAGUCGCCGAAGCUACCAAUGCUCAAAUUCUAGCGCAAGUGAUGCAGCUUCAAGCGAUGCAGAUCCAAGCAAGCCAAAGAGCUCAGAUAUCUCACCCAGGUACACAAUUACCACCUGCCACAAUAUGGAAUUUACCACCCCCACCCCCACCAGCAAACCCUCUUCAUCCUGAUGCAAGACGUCAAGCUUUGCGUAGAAAGCUCUUGAUGGAUGGCAGGAAGGAAGCUGUAAAGAGUAAGAAGGACAAGGGCAAGAAGAAGAGGGGAAGUAAGUUGGAAUUCAAGAGAGUAGAUCAACUGUGGGAUAGUACAAUCCAUAAUUACAAACUCACCGACACGGCCGAGGAUGAAGAGAGUUCAGAAUAUGAUCAAUAUCUUUUCAAUGUUCGCAGAACAUUUGAUUGGGAGGGAAAAUACAAGGCUACUGUCGUUGAUAUCAAGAGCAAACUUUUGAAAGAAGCUCUGACUGAAGCCAUGGAUGGUGUUAAAGGUGUUAGUUUUGUCGAAGAGACCCCAUGCAUCGAUCCUAAUCUUCUCUUCCUCUACCUUGAGGAUCUUCGACAAUCUUGCAAAAAAUUGAAAAAUAAGAAGGUUACUGAAAAGAAAGGUAAAAAAAAGAUUAAGAAGAGAAAUGAGACCAAGAGAAAACAUCUCAAAGUCCUCUUGAAAUAUCUCGACAAGGAUUAUGCUUCUACUAAAAAGGCUCUUUAUCCUAUGUUGGAGAAUGGAAUUAUUACAUUUGAUUUACUCUGGGCCUUGUAUAAACCAAAUACUUUGGCUUAUACCACAACUUAUGGGACAGCAGACGAGCCAAGAGCUUUCAAAAUCGAGUUGGCCGAAAAGAUUGCCAGUUUCAUGAAAGGAACGUGGUAUAAUAUUGAGGGUAAAUAUUUGGAGUAUGAUGGCAAGACGUGGGGAAUGGGUACCAUGGAUUGUGAUGUUCCGGCUUUCAAGGGUGCAAGAAAGAUUACAAGUCUUAAUUGCUAUCCUUUGAAAUACCACAAGAAUGAAGCCAAACUUCGUACUGAACUUAUCGAGAGAGGUAAGAAGUUUGUGGCUCUACAAGGCGUUCAUUAUAAAAGUCACAAGGGAAUGGCAUAUUACAAGAAGCGUAAGGCCAUUAUCAAAGUAAAUAUUGAUGGUAGAGUUAUGGUCGAUCCCGCCAUUCAUCGUCGAAUUUUACCCAAUUACAACGUCAGUACCGUCAAACCUAAUGAUCCGGAUCUUCUCGGCGAUUCAGAUAGUGAGGAUGACGACUGUGGCUGCUGUGGUGAUGAAAGUUCUGAUGAUGGUCAAGGAGAUCAUGCUCUAGAGAAGAGAGAUGAUAGUGAUGAACCCAAAACGAAGUUCAAGGUUGUUCUUGAUGAAAAGGAGAGGCCUCGUCUUGUUCAGGUUCCUGUCGAUGAGGACGGUAACGAAGUCUUAGUUGAAAAACUGGAUGAAGUUCCAAGUACAGUUGUCGACAAGGACAACAAAGACAACAAGGAUGAAAAAGGACAGGUAGAAGAAGACAAGAAAGCACCUCCCGUCUUUACAGACGAGGAAUACUUAAUUUCUUCACCUGUUGUUCUCGGAUUUGCCUUUGCUGAAAAGCUUUGGCUCGAAUUCACAGUUUCAGGAAUUAAAGAUAUUGUCUGGAACGAAGGUGCUUAUGAUUCCCUUGUCUUGGAAGACAACACCAAAGCCAUUGUCAAAGCUUUGGUCGAAUCUCACAAAUAUCACCCAGCCGAAAGUAUCGACGAUGUUAUUCAAGGUAAAGGUAAAGGACUUGUAGCCGUUCUUCAUGGCCCACCUGGUACAGGUAAAACUCUUACUGCAGAAGGUAUCUCGGAACUCCUCAAAUGUCCUCUAUAUAUGGUUUCAGCCGGAGAACUCGGUACCGAUCCACGUACUUUGGAGGCAGAACUUCAGAAAAUUCUCGAUAUUGCUCAUGCAUGGGGUGCAGUUCUUCUUCUUGAUGAAGCUGAUGUUUUCUUGGAGAAGAGAACUAUUCAAGAUAUUCACCGUAAUGCUUUGGUCUCUAUCUUCUUGAGACUUUUGGAAUAUUUCCAAGGUAUUCUUUUCUUGACUACAAAUCGCGUUGAAACAUUUGACGAUGCGUUUCAAUCAAGAAUUCAUAUCGCAUUAAGAUAUGGUGAUUUGAGUCCGAAAGCAAAGAAGAGUGUUUUCAAAAUGUUUAUUGAGAGAGUCAGGGUCUUGGAAGGUAUUGAUACAAUGCCUUUUACGGAAGAAGAUUAUAAUGCGUUGGCAAGGAAUAAUUUGAAUGGACGACAGAUCAAAAAUACAGUCCGUACAGCUCAAGCUCUCGCUGUCAAUAAUAAAGAACCUCUCUCCAUGGAACAUAUCAAACGUGUUUUGGAUGUCUCGAAUGCUUUUGAUAGGGACUUGAAAGGUGGAACAGGAUUUGAGGAUGCUAUGAGAGGAUACUUUUAA